AUGAAAACCGAGGUUAAGGUAAAUAGACCUUCCUCAACGAGCCUUUUACCAAAUUCAGUAUGGGCCCUAACGAAAAAGCUUCUAGAAAGCCCUCAGAAGGAAGAAGCCGUGCCCAACAAGCCAUCAGAGCACCAAACGCCCCCGCCCUACCAACCAAUCGCAUGGCCAAAGUAUGAACCUGUCCUCAAACCGCAAUACCAUCCAGCGUUCCCAAAUCCAACUUUGUAUUAUCAACAGAUAUUUCCAAAAUGCGAGCCAGUACAACAGAACCAGCCCCCGUACCAUACACCUCAAUGGUUUCCUCCAUUGACUUUUGUAUCCGAUGCAACCGGACGUAUUUAUUACUACGUAGUUUAAUAUAGUAUAAUCUAUAUAUAAUCUAUUUAUCACUGUGAGCAACAAGUAAUAAAAAUUAUAUAUGUUAUACCAAUUACUGUAUGUUUGAUAAAAAUAAAAUUUUAGUUUUUUCAUUUCAAAUUUAUUAAAUUUCAAACCGUUUUUCAAAAAACCCCAUUCUAUGCCUUGCUACUCUACCUCUACCGGUCAAUAAAACGAAUUUAUUUGGCAUGUUGUGGUUGAUCUUGUUCUCAUUUUUUUCGAUUCUUUUCUCUCUAGUUAUAUUCGCUGCUGCGGUGUAUUUCAUAUACGGCGUAUAUGGUUAUGAAAGGCCGAUUCUCUUGAACUUGGAAGCCAAGAUCAUGGAGGUUUGCGAUGAUGUGAGUUUGCAUUAGAACUGAGAGAUGUUUGGAUUUUUCAGCUCAAAACACGGGCCCUUACUUUUGGCAUUUUCGACUUAAAAUAGGGGCCUUUGAGUACUAAGUUAUGAUUUUUAAACUUUUUAACAAAAAUUUUGGGUUUAUUUUUCGUUUUUUAAAAUUACGUUAAAUCUCACAAUUCCAGGCCUUUCAAGCCCUGCUACCAGUUCGUCUGGAUAUGCUGUUCCCGGGAAGACAAGAAAAUACAAUUAGUGGCAAUAUUCCAGACGACUUUGGUCCACCUUUAUCCAAAAACAAGAGCUUGAUGAUAGGACCCACAAGUCAAUCAGGAAAACCAAAAAGUCAGAUGAAAGGACCAGAUGCACCAAAAAGUCAAGUCGGAAAACCAGAUGAGAAUAAGAGCCAAAUGAAAGAUGCACCCAAAAGUCAAUCUGGAAAACCGAACCCAUCGAAAAGUCGAGCUAAAACUCGUAAAGAUCAGGCAGGAGGAGAUCAAGAGCCAACAGUGAGUCAAGUCGAACAAGAAUAG